AUGAAAAAUGCUUUGAAAGCUCUCUUCACUACUAGCACAAAAACAAAUUUCAAUUCUUACCUACAAACAUGCAUUUCCCUCCUAAAGAACUUCACAAACCACAACUUGGUCACUCAAGGAAGUGCCAUUCAUGCUCAUGUACUCAAAACGGGGAUUUUUAAAGAGAGAUUUGUGGCUAUUAAGCUGCUGCUGAUGUACCUCAACAGUAGAAAAACUCAUGAAGCUAACGGGGUUGUAAAGGAGUUUAACGGUUUUGAUAUUGUUGUGCAUAACUGUUUGAUUAAUGCUAAUAUUCAAUGGGGAAAUCUUGAGCAAGCUCAAAGGUUGUUCGAUGAAAUGCCUGAAAGAAAUGAGGUUUCGUGGACGGCUUUGAUUUCUGGUUUUAUGAGACAUGGACGAGUUGAAGAAUCAAUUUGGUACUUUGAUAGGAACCCAUUUCAGAAUGUGGUUUCUUGGACUGCAGCUAUUAGUGGGUUUGUUCAAAACGGGUAUAGUUUUGAAGCUUUGAAGCUUUUCUUGAAGCUGCUUGAAUCUGGAGUUAAUCCGAAUGCGGUUACUUUUACUUCUAUAGUUAGAGCUUGUACAGUGUUUGGUGAUUUUCGGUUGGGCAUGAGUUUUUUUGGGUUAAUUCUUAAGGCUGGAUUUGAAGGGAAUAUAUCAGUUUCAAAUUCUUUGAUUAGUUUAUGUGUGAAGAUGGGUGAAAUUGAUUUGGGUAGGAAAGUAUUUGAUCAGAUGGAGAAGAGAGAUGUUAUUUCUUGGACUGCGACACUAGAUAUGUAUGUUGAGAUGGGAGACUUGGGAGAAGCGCGUAAAAUCUUUAAUGAGAUGCCAGAAAGAAAUGAAGUUUCUUGGAGUGCUAUGAUUGCCAGAUAUAAUCAGAGUGGCUAUCCUGAAGAGGCUUUGAAACUCUUUCGCCAAAUGGUUCAAGAUGCUUUUAAACCAAAUACCUCGUGUUUCGCUACCAUUCUUUGUGCUUUGGCUAGUUUUAAGGCUUUGCAACCAGGAAUGAACAUACAUGCCCAUGUAGUGAAAAUUGGAAUUGAUGGUGAUGUUUUCAUUUGUAGCUCUCUUAUUGACUUGUACAGUAAAUGUGGCGAGACUAAAGAUGGACGAUUAGUGUUUGACUGGAUCGUGGCAAAAACUGUGGUUUCAUGGAAUUCCAUGAUUAGUGGUUACAGUCUGAAUGGCCAAAUGAAAGAAGCCAAGGAGUUGUUUGAUUAUAUGCCCACGCGAAAUAAUAUCUCUUGGAGUGCCAUAAUUUCUGGUUAUUUAGAACAUAAACAAUUUGAUAAGGUGUUUGAAAUGUUUAAUGAGAUGCUUUUGUCAGGUGAAAUUCCGAAUAAGUCCACUUUCUCAAGUGUGCUUUGUGCUUCUGCGUGCAUGGCCUCAUUAGAAAAAGGGAAGGACCUUCACGGAAAAGUUGUUAAACUUGGGCUUCAGUAUGAUGUUUUUGUAGGAACUGCACUUACUGAUAUGUAUGCAAAAUCUGGGGAUAUUGAGAGCUCUAAGCUGGUGUUUGAUGGAAUGUCCGAAAAGAAUGAAAUCACUUGGACUGUGAUGAUUCAAGGACUUGCAGAAAGUGGUUUUGCAGAGGAAGCUCUUAUUUUGUUCGAGGAAAUGGAGAAAACAUCGGUUGCUCCAAAUGAGCUCAUGCUAUCAUCAGUUCUGUUUGCUUGUUCUCAUUCUGGUUUAGUUGACAAAGGACUUCAAUACUUUAACUCAAUGGAGACUAUUUAUCAUAUAAAGCCAAGGGGAAGGCACUAUACUUGUGUGGUAGAUAUGCUAUCUCGGUCAGGACGCCUCUCUGAAGCUGAAAAUUUUAUUAACUCAAUGCCAUUUCAACCUGAAUCCAAUUCAUGGGCAGCUCUUUUAAGUGGUUGUAAGAUUUAUAAAAACGAGGAGAUAGCUGAGAGGACAGCUAAAAAGCUUUGGGAACAGACGGACAAAAACCCAGAAGGAUAUGUCUUGUUGUCAAAUAUUUAUGCUUCAGCUGGCAGAUGGACCGAUGUUAUGAAUAUAAGGAAGUUAAUGAAGAAGAAAGGACUGAAGAAGAGUGGAGGAUGUAGUUGGGUUGAAGUGAGACAUCAAAUACAUUCGUUCUAUUCUGAAGACAGAACACACUCUCAAUCAGCUGAACUUUAUGGAUUUUUGGAGCUUUUAAUGUCUGAAAUGUUUGUUCAUGAGAAUCCUAUAACAAUUGAAUUAUGACAUUUUAGGACAGUUCAAAAAAGCUGGAUUCUCAAUGAGACGUUUAUGUAGUGUUAUCGGAGUCCAGAUCUCAAAAGCUGUGGUAUGGGUCUUGAAGGAGGAAGCUUGUGGGGUGUUCAUGAGGUUCAUUUCAAAAUCCGUGAUAUCCUCGAUUCUGUUGUUGGAUCAUCGAUUUUUCUUGAAUUGUCGCUUCAAAGGUGCCUGGAUAAGCCCACUUUGUGGUAUGCUUCAUGAAAAAUAUAAUCAUCCCACUUCAGCAUUCAGCAUUUUUAUCGAUUCUUUUAAAAGAAUUUGUAGAUGGUAUCAAAAUUGGAAGAUGGACUAAUUAGAGAUGGGCGCGGGGUGGGGAACCAGGACAACGGGGAUUUUUCCUCAUCUCAUUCCCCGCGUACGGGCGUCCCACUAACAUCUGAAACCUGUAUUUUACAUGUAAUUAUCCCACUGACAUCUGAAACCUGUAUUUUGCAUGUAACAAAAUUAUAAUAAAA